UUUCUCAAACAUUGUAGUCAAGUAACAGGGUACACGUGACGGAGUCGAAUGUUACAGAACUCUCCUCCAAAAUGAAUAAUUCCAUGGAAGAAGAAAAACGAGUAUUUACAUUCAUGCAGCAACAGAAUUGUUGCUUAAGGUGUUGUUUUCGUUUCAUCGGUUCGAAAAUGUCAGAAUGCUUCCAUAAUCCUGUUACAUUUGCAAGAAAUAUGGGCUACAUUAAAAAAGAUGAGUCUUUUGUUGAAAAAGUACCCUGCAUGGCUUGCCUAGGAAUUCUUCAGGAUCAGAUGCUAGAAUCGGUUACUCAGGAAAUUCAGGUUGAAGUACAAAAGCAGAAUUAUGACAGUGAAACGUUUCUGUGCGCAUUAGUUGUACCUACAUGUGUGAAUCUCAGGGAACGUAUAUUGUAUGUACAGUGUGGCCUUGAACUUGAUCUUUCAAAGGAUACAUUGCUUUGCCUUAAGGUCAAAUUGCAGAAAGUAAAAGACAUUUGGAAGUCCGUGGUUACUUCUAGAUUAGAGCAAGCUAUCUGUAAACAAGUAGAUUCAAUAACUCCAUCAGCUUUCCUUAUUGAGAUUAUUUUGACAUACAAACAUAAUGACAAAGAAUACGAAGCCUUAGAAAAUUUUUGUGUAAAAACAAACAAUGUAGGAAACAAACGAAAAAGAAAAAACAAUGAUAAUAGAUUUAGUAGAAAAAGUAUAGACACUUUAAUGGCCAGAAUAACAGAUGAAGAAUUUAACCAAUUCUUAAAGACGUUCUCACUCGAUGUGUCUACAAAUAUUGAUGUGGGAAACAUUGUGUGUUCACAUUCUAGUAUUUUUAUAGGAGGUCGAUACAAUAAGUUGUCUAGAGAACUCAGUCAAACACCAUGGUUUAUAAAUGGUGAAAAAAAGAUGGCUACAUCUGUUCAAGAUCUUCUAUGUAAUCCUAUUGCUGAUGUUGUACGAGCUCAAUCCAUUAAAUUUUUAUCAUCCGGAAGAGAGGAUGUGGACGUUAGAAACAUUUACUCGGGAAGACCGUUUGCGGUUGAGUUAAUCAAUCCACGAAUGACUAAAAUAACAGAUGUGUUAUUGACAACCCUAGUCCAAGAAAUCAAUCAGUCUUCGAAACAAGUACGAAUCACGUCAAGUUUGAAAGUUUUGUCGAAACUCGAUUUGAAAAAGCUGAAGGAGGGUGAAAAUGUUAAAACUAAAAUUUAUCGAGCGCUUUGUGUUUGUCGUACUAUGCCUGAGAAUAUGUUGCCUUUCGAACAAUUGAACAAUCUGAAAAGGGUGGAAAUUAUCCAAAAAACACCAGUUCGAGUGUUACACAGACGGCCUUUGAGUCCCAGGACACGUUUAAUAUACGAAAUGAGAGCUCGCGGGGUGAAGCCUCAAGAACUGAAAGCAUUAUUGAAUACCGCGCGUGAAAAUGCCAGUAUGUUUUUCGUAUUGGAUAUUAAAACCCAAGCCGGGACAUAUGUGAAAGAAUUUGUACACGGUGAUUUCGGACGCACCAAACCUAGUUUGUGCGAUAUCCUUAAAGCCGAAGUCGAUAUAGUCGCACUAGAUGUAACAGGUAUCAACUUAGAAUGGCCUUAAAAAGCUUUGAAUAUUAUUUUUUUAUGUAAUUGUAUCUCUGUACUGAGUAAAGUUGAAACUAAGUAGACUAUUUAAAAAAAAUAUAAUUAAAACAUUUAAUUAAUCAUAACAAGCAAAAGUGUGAACUCCUUUGUCUCAAUCUUCUUUUCAUUCUAAUUGUGUGCUUUAUACAUAAACAAGAUUAAAAACUGAUUACACGUAUACAAUGUCAAAUGUAGUUAUAAAAUUAUUCGAUGAAGUAAGA